AUGAUAGAUGAUAAUGAAAUUUAUAGGAUUGAUGAACGCGUGUACUCCAAUGCACCAAAACAUGAUAAAAGACGGUCUCGGAGAAAUAUUCGGACGACGCUCCUCAAUGCAAACCCUAGCAAUUUCCGAGACAUAGUUCAAAAGUUCACCGGACGUUCUUCCGGCAUUGAUGUAUCGAAUGAGAGAAAAGGACGUCCGGUGACGUUAGACUUCAGGUCGCCGGCUUCGGUUACUAAACAAGUCAUUUUCCCUAGCUCCGGCCAUAUCCAAAAUCAAGAUUGUGCCAUUGAGACGCACGUGGCUGAUGAUGGGGAGAGUAAGCAAACGGCGUCGUCGUGUGAGAUUGGCCAACUAAGUGAUGACUAUGAUCAAGGUAAUUAUGGUGGGACGUGUGAUGAUUAUGUUCAUGAUAAUUAUGAUAAUCAUCAUAAUGAUGAUCUUAUUAUGAGGGAAUACUUGGAAAACAUGAGUAGCUUUAGUGGAGUGAUUACAAUGGAUUUAGAAGAGUUUUACCCUGACGCGGUGAUGGUGGAGGAGUUUUUGAUGAGAGAUCUCGACAUAUGA